CAGCGGAACCCGACAGGCAGUCUGACUCCCUCUGUUUUCACCUCGGAGUAAUGGAGGUCGCGUGAUAUCCCCUGCGUGUAACGGUUACGACCCUCGCGGCUUCUGUUUCCUGCGCGCCCGUCACUUUGCCCCGCCCUCCGGCGACGCUCAGUCGUGGUGUCCCACUACAGCUAGUUGGAACGAUUUCAGCACCGGGACAGAUCCUCCACUGUCUAAUGGCAACAUGGCGACAGAGUUCCACACCCUGCAGGAGAUGCAGCACAGCGCCUCGCUGGCCACCAAGGUCUUCAUCCAGCGGGACUACAGCGAGGGAACAGUCUGCAAGUUCCAGACCAAGUUCCCCUCCGAGCUGGACAGCAGGGUCGAGCGGUCUCUGUUCGAGGACACGGUGAAGACGCUGAAUAACUUCUACGCGGAGGCGGAGAAGAUCGGCGGCCAGUCCUAUCUGGAGGGCUGCAUGGCUUGCGCCACGGCCUACGUCAUCUUCCUCUGCAUGGAGACGCGCUACGAGAAGGUGCUGAAGAAGAUCUCCAGGUACAUCCUGGAGCAGAACGAGAAGAUCUACGCCCCCCGCGGCCUUCUGAUCACCGACCCCAUUGAAAGAGGCAUGCGAGUGAUUGAGAUCUCCAUCUUCGAGGACCGCAGCUCCAGCGGCUCCAGCUCGGGCAGUAGCUCCACCUCCAGCAGCAGCGGCCGAUGACUGGAGGACCAGCACCAGGGUGUCUCGUCUCCGCCCGGCUACUCUCUAGCACUCCUCAGACAUUUCCACGGCCUCUUCUUACCGCCAGCACCCUGCCCAAACCACACGCCCCCACUCCAGUCACGCUUUGUGGGGACCUCCCGUGCUCAGUGCCCUCAUGUUUCAUUUGUGUGGAUAUACCCCAGCCUGGUGCUGACCAAAGGGAUUAGCCACUACCACCAAAAACCCGCUGUGAGCCACACAGCACCGCGUGUCGCGUGAGAUUCGUCUGUACAGAGGAGGGAGUACGCUGACUGACUGGGAACUGUGUAUGAACCAUGCUGUCGAAUCCCCCCCCCCCCCCGUGAAAUUUUACCCUGAGACUGAGUGAAAUGUGUGUGUGUGUGUGUGUGUGUGUGUGUGUGUGUGUGUGCAGGUGUGUGUGUGUGUGUGUGUGUGUGCAGGUGUGUGUGUGUGUGUGUGUGCAGGUGUGUGUGUGUGUGUGUGUGUGCAGGUGUGUGUGUGUGUGUGUGUGUGCAGGUGUGUGUGUGUGUGUGUGUGUGUGGGUGUGUGUGUGUGUGUAAUGUGUGUGUGUGUGUGUGUGUGUGUGUGCAGGUUUGUCGGUGGGUGGCAGAAUGGGAGGGGGGGGGGGGGUUGUGCAUAUUUAGUUGGGGUGUAUAUAGAAUAGGUUUUGGGGACACAAGAGAACAGAGUGAGUAAAGGAAUUGACUCGCGGUACAAGGACGCAUGAAGGGCAGGAGGGUAUAGAUCAGAGUGCGGGAACAGAUGGUCGGACACGAGUCACUUUGGUACCUGGUGCCAGGUAGGAGAGAGAACACGGGAUGCUUCCGUUAGGAGGGAAAGUGACCCUGAUUAAAAUGAGAGGCGAGGUAGCAGAACAGGACGGAGAAGAUAGAUCCUACAUCUCCGUACGGGGCAGACGUGUACCAAAGAGAGAGUGUGUAUCGACGCCAUUCACACUUCAUAUACAUCGAUUAACACACGCUCUGUUUUUUACUGCACAACAUGCGGACAAUCCAGGUUUAAUCGCAGGUUUAAUACAAGUCUUCUUAUUUCGCACACGCUGGUUAACUGAAUCACCUCACAGCUGCUGCUGACCUGAACACAUUCGCCAAUGGAGAACAACACCUUUCUAAAGUGCAUUGGACAGGGGCGGGGCUUUUAUACAGUAUGCAUGGACGAUAGAGGUCCUCACCCGUAGGAUUCUAUUGCCUCUCUGUGGGCCAAGUUUACAUACGCUAGGGAAGUAAUGCGGUUUUGUAAAUUCUGUAAUUCAAAUGUCUUCUGUAUUCUAUUCAUGUAGCAACCACACUAAAAUGUACUGUACUGUAUAUCAGAAAGGAAUAAGCAAGUCUUCCAGUACUGUGGAUAGAGACAUAAGCAGAGGUCCCCCCUUUUCAAUCCAGGAACAAUCUGCUAAGUCAUCGGCUCAACACAAAGAAAUGGAUGAAUUAAACAUUUUUUUUUGCAGUGCAAACAUGUUUUGUGUCAAGUUUGGGUCAAACCUCACAGAGUUUCUUACUGUUGGAUAUGGGAAAAUGUAUGAUUAUGUUGAAAUGAUGUUCGAACAAAUAUCGCACCUACAUAUACGAAUAAAAAAAGUAAUUGAAAUCAU